UUGCUUAUAUACAAAACAAGAAACCAAAUGGCUUUCUGGUCUGCUGAGAAUGCCACAAAAGCAUACAUCAAAACCCUCAAAAUGAGCCACAAGGCAAAAGAGCCAAACGUAGCCGAAUUCAUUUCUGCCCUGGCGGCGGGCAACAAUGCACAACUAAUGGUAGCGGCAUACCCCGGUGCUGCAGACUAUACCAGUUUAGCUUUAGUGGCUGCCGCUAAUCACACUGGCGGCCGUGUUGUUUGCAUUCUCCCUGGAAUCGAACAACUUCAAAUAUCCAAGAAAAUCCUUGGAUAUGAUGCGUGCCAUAUCGAGUUUGUUGUCGGUGAAACUCAAGAUCUACUGGUAAGCAAAUAUGAGGAAGCCGAUUUCGUGCUCAUGGAUUGCAACCUGGAGGAUCAUGAAGGAAUCCUUAAAGCAGCGCAGGCAGGUACGAAACCAAAUGGUGCUGUCGUCGUGGGAUACAAUGCAAUCGCUAAAGGUUCUUGGCGGUCGAGUGGAUCGAGAACUCAACUGCUGCCUAUAGGAGGAGGACUGCUUGUCACUAGAAUUAGUACUCCAAAUGCUUUGGGGAAGAGGAGUCAAUGGGUUGUAAAGGUGGAUAAAUGCACUGGGGAAGAGCAUGUUUUCAGGGUCAGGUUUCCUCAAGAGAAAGUCAUCAAAGCUUAG